AUGAGUGAGACGGAUUGCAAAGUCUGCAGGCAGAGCUCAGCGGUAGAGCUCUUGUCUUACACGCAGGAAGCUCAGGGCAUUAUCUGCAGUCCUAGAAGUGGGGGCACAGACUCAACAAGGGAUGGCCGAAGGAUCCGGUUUGAGGCCGGCACUGCCAGAGAGCUCAACUCAGAAAAGGGAACUACCACUUCCCAAGAGGAAGCGCCAGGUGAACCGAGCCGAAGAGCCACGCCCUUCCCAACCGCCCGCGAGUGUGGGAAUUUCACGGUGGGCGUCCCGAAGUCACGCAGGAGGCAAGAAGGCGACCAGACACCGGAAUUUUCAUCACUCUGGCCAACUUCCCGAGAGGAAACUCAGAGGAGUAAUGGCUGUUUUGACUUACAGUUUAAGGAGGGAGAUAAGUCCGAGGCUGUGAGGAAUGCUGGUGGGCCAAGCAUGAGGCAGCGGGCCCCAUUGUGUCUGCUGUCAGGAAGCCGGCCAGAAGACACCAGAUCUCAAGAAUGCUUUAAAGGAAGCUGGGCUACUCACAAGUUACUGCAUAAGAAAGCAAAAGAUGAAAAGGCAAAACGAGAAGUAUGUUCCUGGACUGUAGAAGGUGAUGUGAACACUGACCCGUGGGCAGGGUACCGGUACACGGGUAAACUGAGACCACACUAUCCACUGAUGCCCACACGGCCAGUGCCCAGUUACAUUCAGAGGCCAGACUACGCUGACCACCCCCUAGGAAUGUCUGAAUCGGAACAGGCUCUUAAAGGUACUUCCCAAAUUAAACUACUCUCAACUGAAGAUAUAGAAGGGAUGCGACUUGUGUGUAGGCUUGCUAGAGAAGUCUUGGAUAUUGCUGCUGGGAUGAUUAAAGCAGGUGUAACUACUGAAGAAAUUGAUCACGCUGUACACUUAGCAUGCAUUGCAAGAAAUUGCUAUCCUUCUCCCCUGAAUUACUAUAAUUUCCCAAAGUCUUGUUGUACCUCAGUGAAUGAAGUC